AUGAUGGGCACCGCGGGGCAACAAAAAUCAACCUUCCCUUGGAAAUGGUCGACUGGGCUGCUUCUUGUUGCCCUCUUGACAGGCCUGUACACUUGGGCAGAUUCGGCCAAGUCCGAAUGGUACAUCUUUGAUCCUGCGGCACUACAGACGCUGGUCGACGAAAGCCUAGAACGCUACCCUGAAUCCACUGCUGGCGUGGUGCACAACAUAGUUACAGCUCUCCGGGAACAAUAUGGAUCGACCCUCAUUAGCGAAGAUCCGUUCCCCCAUGCUGCUCAGAACAGCACAGAGAUCUCUCCCAUCUCGCCCUAUGCCUCGCAGUGGGUUUUCAACAAUGCCGGCGGAGCCAUGGGGAGCAUGUACAUCAUCCAUGCAAGCAUCACUGAGUACCUGAUCAUCUUCGGCACAGCGCUGGGAACUGAAGGACACACCGGCCGCCACACAGCCGACGACUACUUUUUCAUCCUCGAGGGCGAGCAGUGGGCGUAUCCAGCGCAUUCGUUAGCCCUCGAACGCUACCCGAAAGGGAGCAUGCACCACCUCCGCAGGGGUGAUGUCAAGCAGUACAAGAUGCACCGCGGGUGUUUUGCCCUCGAACUUGCCCAAGGUUGGAUUCCACCGAUGAUGCCGUUUGGCUUUGCAGAUACGAUGUUUUCCACGUUGGAUUUUCCUACCUUUGCCAACACGGUGUGGUUGACAGCGCAAAAGAUGGUUGGUUGUCUGCUGGCGGGCAAGAUUUAG